UUUAGAGUAGAACAAGAGAAGGAAAAACAGAGGUUUUGGGUGGCAUGGAGGAGAAUGACGAUGGCGACCCGUGGCUUGGCGCGGACAAGUUUUAUCACGUGAUCAUGUGUCUGUCCUUCACCCUCCUGUUCUACAAGCUAGCUUCCCUCGCCCCAUUCCCCUUCCUCCGCCGCCGCGCCAUUUCCAUUGGAUCCAUCGCCUCUCUUCUCGCCGGCGCCGCCAAAGAAGCCGCCGAUCACCUCGGUUACUUCCAAUCUUCCGGUGCUUCCUUCAAGGACGCCCUCGCCGAUCUCCUCGGUGUCCUCAUCGCUUCAUUCGCUCUUUCUCUCUUCCGAUCCCAAAUCCCUCACUCUUACUCUCACCCUCAAAACCAAGGGGAUAUUUCCCUUGUUUGAUUUCAAUUUUCCCCUCUUUUGCUCCUCCUUCAACAACUGCCACCAUUUUCUUAUCUGCAGUUCAAUCAAGUUUUAUCACAAGAGAAGGAGAACAGGAAGAUGAAGAAAACAGGGAAUAGGUAUUGUAUUUGCAUGAGAGCCAAAACAGCACACAGUUCUUGCUUGGAUGUAAUAGAUACCCCAUGCACCUGAACACAUAUUUUGUAUAUCUUCUAUGUGCACAAGCGCAAGUUCUUAUUUUUGCUAGCUUUCCAUAUUAAACAUCUAAUCUGAUGACCUAUAUGACCAUGGGGACAAUUCACCUUCUGAAGCUGGGGUGGUUUGAACCCACCACCUUGGCACUAUCUUCAUCUUCAUCAGGCAGCUUCACCGCAGUAUAUAUACCGGCCCCACUCAGAGCUCCAAGUACGGGAGCUACCAGAUAGACCCAGAUGGCUUUGUAGUUGUUUGCGGCAAUCGCCGGACCUAGUGUUCUUACUGGGUUCAUGGAGGCUCCGGUUUCUGGCCUGCAGUACAGUAUGAAACAUAUGAUCAGAUAAGUCUUAUUUUUUUUCUUUGUAGGUGCUGUUUUAGAUAUAUCUUUGUAUGCUAAUUUUGUAAGUUGUUCACAAUUAACUCUUGAGGCAGUUAAAAAUCCCUCUCAACCAAGGUGAUGCUAGGAAAAUUGUAAGAAUGCUAGCAUUUAGGAAUGGAGUUAUACUUUUCUUUUUA